AUGGAGGUCCCUCAAUCGUCGUCUUCUGGAGGCUCUGAUAGAGCAUCGCAGGAUGGAUCGACUGCAUCGACUGCCCAUCACUGCCCUCAUCCAGGCUGUGGAAAGAAAUUCACCCGUGCCGAGCAUCUCCAGCGUCAUGCCCUCAACCAUACGCCAGGGGGGUUAGCAUGCUCCGUCUGUAGCGCCAGCUUCAAGCGUCCUGACCUCUUGAAGAGGCAUAUGGACCGCCAUCGGCAAAAGGAUCUCGAGGCUGGAGGUCUUGGAUUUGGCGUUCUCGACACAAGAAAAAGAGCCUGGAAAGCCCCUGACGGGUCCAUCGUCGACAAGCGCCCGUGUCGGAACUCUGAGGGAAACAAUCGCUCUUCAUCUACCGGGCGCCCCCAACGGAGGUAUCAAGAGCCUUCACCAGACGCAGAAUCUUCACAGGACGCUUCAUCGCCGUCCCCAUCUCUUUCUCAACAGGCGGUACAUACGGGGCUGGAACAUACCCAGCCGCAGCCCCCUGUGCUCUCUCGUAACCAGCCGCAGCAGAAGCUUGCGGCGGCUGAAAAUCUCGACGCGAGUCUUGGCUUGCCUGUCUCGGCGGGCGGCUCGUAUAAUCCGUAUAUCGGCUUCACAGACACCUCUCAGCAAGGAGAUACCGUCCUUGGUCCCUUUGUCGACUCCUGGUUCGAUCAGUGCCAACCGACUCUGGCGGACCUCAACAUCUACGGCGACUACGAGCAGAUAUUCCAGCCAGACACUGCCAGCUCGUUUAACAUGCCUUAUACGACUGCCGUGGAUUACAACUGGCUAUUCAACGCAAACGCUCUACCCAGACAGUUCAAUCAAGAUAUCCACGUCACCAGCGCCGAGGAGCAGACAAUUGGCAUUCAGGAACCGCAGCAACGGCCACAGCAUCCCAUAUAUGCCCUCUCCCCCGAAUCGAUGGGCAGAACUGGGCCGUGUUCCGAUAUGAGUAGUGAUCGCCGCCACAGUACAGUGGAGGCCGAGAUGCGCCCUGACAGCAUUUCUCAAGUUACUCCCGGCGCCCAAGAACCGCAGAAGAGCACUCAGAUCCCAGUCUCAAGCCCAUCUCCACAAGUUGGAGCACGCCGCCCGGGUGCGCGUUGGCCACUCAAAUACCAACCACUACCGGUCGAAAUGGAGCGGCCCCUUUCCACCAUACAGGAUAACAUCCCGCUACCCCGUCUCAACGACAGUAUCAGAGGUUCUCUCCUGUCUAUCAUAGAGGUCGCGAAUCCUCACCUUCCCGACCCGAGGGUCCCUCUGAGGGAGGACCCCAAUCUUACAACCGAAUCUCUCCAAACAUGGCUGGACCUCUACUUCACACGCUUCAACACAAUGUAUCCGCUCAUUCACCUCGCCACUUUCAACCCUGAGACUGCUGAGCCGCUUCUCCUCUUAUCUCUCCUCCUUCUGGGGGCAACAUACUCCCACAAGGAUGCACAUCAACUUGCUGUCUGUAUCCAUGAUGUUAUCCGCUCAAGGAUAUUCUCCCACGCCGGUUUCAGUCCUCAGCCCCCGCUGUGGACGCUCCAGACCAUACUCCUUGUAGAGUGUUUCGGGAAGUCCAGAGCCGGGCAGAAGCAGCACGACAUGAGCCACCUCUUUCACGGACUCUUGAUCAACCUCAUUCGGAGGUCCGACUGUCAAUCCAUUAAACCUCCACCCCCACCGUCGCACCCAGUGGAUAAUGCGACGCUUCAGACCGCAUGGGAACAUUGGGCCAUAGCAGAGCAGAAAAAAAGGCUCGCCCUUCUCUGCUUCAUGUGGGACACCCAACACGCCGUCCUCUUCUGCCAAAGCCUGUGCAUGUCUGCGUUUGAGCUGCGGCUCGACAUGCCCUCAGCUCAGACGGUGUGGGAGGCACCGAACCCAGCGGCAUGGGCCUCGGCAUGGAGAGCGGUCAUGGCAAAGAGCCAAAAUGUCUCCUUCUUGGCAGCUCUCAAGUCAUACCUGGCUCCCUCGGUCCCACGCCCGGUGGCGCUCACUUCCCUAUCGAGGGUGCUCAUCCUACACGGUAUAAUGGCUACAUACUGGGAUAUGAACCGGCGUGACCAGACAUCGCUUGGAGUUGUCGAAGGCCGAAACGGGGGCUCUUCUUGGAGAAGAUUGAUCUCGUCGGCAUACGAUCUCUGGAAGGCGGACUUCGACGCUUACUGCGCUGCCACUCUAGCCCGUUAUCAGAGCGGGCACUCCAUGACGCCACACAACGACAGCUACCAAGCCGAGAUCAAUUCUUUUGGCGCAGCUUACAGGGCCCUCUAUCACUCGGCUCAGAUCAUACUCAACAUGGACUUUCUCGAUGUCCAGAUCUACGCCGGUGCUCGGAAUAUCCUCGGCCGCCCCGUACAGCAGAGGGAUUACAUCCACUCGGCCAAUGUUGUGAAAAGAUGGGCGACAUCGGAGGAUCGAGCUCGAAGAGAGGGCUCGCAUGCCAACAGCCCCGCCUCGGAUGUUCAGGAUGCGUCUGCCCCGACUGGCAGGGCCGAGCAGAGUCCGAGCCUUGCGGCAUUCCAUGCUGCGCGCAUGCUGCACAACGACCUGUCCAGCCUGACAGAGUCGGACGCCAUGGCCAUGUUCCACGUCCCGUGGUGCCUGUACAUCGUUACCCUGACGUGUUGGGCAUAUAACCAUGUGCGCCCGACGCGUCCACAGAAGCUGUCGCCGGGUGAAGGUGCUGAUUCUGACGAUUCCGACGAGAUCAUAUGGGAUCCCAGGGGCGGGAUGCAGAGUCUAGUGGCAGAGAUGGCGGGGCAGCCUGAGCAGAGGGGGUUCAAGGAUAAGAAGAGGACCAGUGGUCUCGUGUGGACCAUGGCGGAGAUCUUGACAAAGGUCAGAUGGGGGAUCGUCCAUGCCGGCGUGGUUGUACUGAAGGGACUGGUUCCUCAACGCCUGAUUAAUCAGUAUGAAGAGCCGUCGGAUUGGUGA